AUGGCGGAUGAAGGGACAUUGGACUCGGACGAAAACGUCACCCUCGGACUGAACCACUCGAACGCGGAAAGCGUCGACCAGAUCCCAUGGAACGAGACGGCGGACGAGCUCGCCGCCUACAUAAAAUUCACCAUCCACGGCAUCCCAUUGCCCAUCGUGUGCACGUUCGGGAUCGUGGGGAACAUAAUCUCCGUUCUGAUCCUGUCGAAGCGGCAGAUGCGCUCCAGCAUCAACUGCUGCCUGUUGGGCUUGGCGGCGUGCGACUUGGUGCUACUCUUCACCUCUCUCUGGCUCUUUGCCAUCCCGGACAUCUACAUCUACACGAGAUGGUUCCGGUUCUACGUCUGCGACGUGUAUCCGUACACGACCCCGUACGCCUAUCCGAUCUCAUUGAUUGCUCAGACGUCUUCGGUCUACAUCACGAUGACGGUGGCCGUGGAGCGGUACAUCGCGGUGUGUUGGCCCUUGAAGGCGCGGAGUCUGUGCACUUUCGGCCGCGCCCGACUUUACGUGAUUGCCAUCGUGAUCUGUGCGACGCUUUACAACAUUCCUCGCUUCUUCGAAGUCACCUGGGGGGAAUGCCCGGCGUCGUUCGUCAACGGCACGAGGUUGACCGAAGACUGUGUCAUGUGCGUCCUGCCCACCGCCUUGCGGAGUGAUCAGAUAUACGUCAAGGUGUACAUCUGGUGGAUGUACUUGAUCGUCAUGUUCAUCCUUCCCUUCCUUGCAUUGACUGUGUUCAAUCUGCUCAUCUACGUCCAGGUUCGACGCGCCAACAAGGAACGCCAGCGGCUGACUUCCACGCAGAAGCGCGAGAUCGGGCUCGCCGUCAUGAUCCUCUGUGUGGUGGUCGUGUUUUUCAUCUGUAACACCCUUGCGAUGGUGAUCAACAUCCUGGAAAUGCUCAACGAUCCCAUCAUCAACUACUUGACCCCCAUCAGCAACCUCCUGGUGAACAUCAACUCUACCACCAACUUCAUCAUCUACUGCAUCUUCGGCCAGAAGUUCCAGAAGCUCCUGCUGGAAAUGUUCUGCUGGUGCUGCCCCGAAUCCCGUCGGAAGGGGAGCGCCCAGGAAGACGGCACCUACACCCACGUCGACACCCACCAGCUGAUGACUUACAGCGGGAACCGGUCGAACGGGAACAAGGGGAACGGGUCGAUGCAGUUCACCACCAGAAGCCCACUGCUGUCGGAGGAUCUGACGACCCCGAGGAUCGAAGCGGGAUCCAUGUCCUUCACCCCCGGGAACUCGCGGCGGAAUUCCAGCCUGACGACGGUCAAUUCCCGCAGCACUUCGCCCUCUGACUCUCGCGUGGAUCGCUCUGCUCUCAAGGGCGACAAGAAAAGCAGGGACAGACUCACCGUUCGCACGUGA